GACUGGACCCGGGCGGAGGAGCGGGUGGAGAAGUGCGCGGAGCUGCGGGAGGCGCGGGGAGCCCUUCCCGGAGGUAAGCGCCCCGCCGCCGACGAGGACCCCUGUCCCACCCCGGGCUGCUGGCGCGGUCGGGCGCCACCCCCCGGGGGCGUCCCGGGUGGCUUCCGGCUCUGCUCCCUGGACUGGGACUGGGCGCGUGGCCGGCUGGUGCCCUGGGGGCGGGACACGGGGAAGCCGGGGCGCCCCCACCUUUGGAGAGCUGUCGCUUUCUCACUUUCGCUUUCGUCCCCACCUGGGAGGGGGCACGUGGCCUCCCGGCCCUGGAAAAGGGGGCCCCCCCCGAACACCGGCACCCGGCGCACCCGGCGCAGACCCGGCGGAGGCCGCACGGUUUACCCCGCCGGCCUUCACGUCGUAAACAAUCCGCCUGUGAAGACGCGGGCGCAGAGGCAGGGCGCCUGGAAAACCGCCGCCGGCACAGCCUCGCAGGGCGGUGUGGCUCAUCUCGGGGUGAGGGGUGCGCGGCCGCAGGAAGCCAGGCUGCCGGGACCAUGGCGAGGGGCUUGCUCCUUCCCGUGGGUCAGCUCUGAGCGCACCUGCCCCGCGCCAGGUGACCCGUGAACGGCACCCUAGACACUGUUCCUGGGCAAGGACGCAAUAAUCCAUAGGACGCCCUGUGUGGAGGUCGGGUGGUGUCACAGGGUCACUCGCUUGUUUCACAGUGCCCUGGGGACGUCACCCUCAGUGGUCCUUCCACCCUAAGUGGUGUCACUGGGUCACCCACUUGGCGGCUCGGCUCUGAGAGAAGCAGAAACUGAUUGCAUGUUCUGAAUGCAAAACUGACCCUGCUCGUUUUUGGCUUUGUCUUCUCGGAAGACUUCUCGGGAAGUUGUGUCCAGCCUCACAGAGACCUCCUUUGUUGGUUUGCCUGCCAGUUUGCUGACUGUUGAAAUCAGAAUAGGCCUGUUGGGGUGCUUCUGCUUGCUCACAGACUCAGCACAAAACCCCGGGAUGUGCAGUGACUGGGUCCGGAUGUGUGUUUCACUCUUAGUUUUGUGGACAGCCCGCAGAUCCAGACCUCCGUACGGCCUCCUGUUAGGGUGAUUCCCACUGCUGGCUUUGCAUCCCAACCCCUGUGAGCUCUGCUCUGUGGGACCUGCUCGUGUGAGGCAUUGUCCCUGCCCCUCAGAGGCUCCCAGGUUCAGGUGGAAAGACAAAACCAGCAUCUGGGAAACGAGAGCAGUUAAGUGUGAAGUCCUGUGCUAUCACCUGCUAGUUCAAAGGUGACAGCCAGCGUAGGCUGGUAAAGACGGGGCUUUGGGGAGUCACCGGUCGUCCUCUGGAUUUAGAAACGGCAGCCAGAGACUGGGACAGGCAGGUGGAAGGAGGUCCGAGGGUAAUACUAAGACUUAGAAUACGUAAUGGCUCUCACUGCCCACCAGCUGUGAUCCAGACCCCCUGUCGCAGACUUUGACUCUGGAGUUCUCGUUUGUCCAGCAAGAGAGCAGAUGCAGAGUUGAAUACGAGAGGCUAAUGUCCGGGAGGAGACAAGAGCCCCGAACAGGGGCUUCCUCUCCGCAUUUAUUGGGCUUUCAAGAUCUUACACACAGGGUGAGUGUGAAGAAAACAAGAUCUUACACACAUGAACGUGGAGAGAACAAUCAGACAGUAAUCAUUAACUUGUGUGUGUAAGAAGCAAAGGGUCGGGGGGGGGGGGGGGGGGUGAGUGGAUUUUGUGAUCAAAGUACAAUAGUAUAUUGGCUCCAGAAGGAAAGUAAUUUCCUGCAGGUGAAAUAACGUUUCUCACAGUCCCAGUACAAUAUCCUGCCAGCUAACAUCAGGCGCUUUCGCCCCGCAGGGGUGGCGUUCUGCCCGAAGCUUUUUUCUAACCCAUUUAUGUGAGUAAAACCUAUUUCCCCACAACCCCCCACCUCCCUCUCCAGCUCUGGCCACUCUCUUCAUGCUCCCUGACGCACUGACCUCCCCGACACACUGACCUUCCAGAAGGUUCUUACUGAGCCUAUUUUGCAUGCCUCACUCUCCUUACACUCGCUCUCCUGCCCAGAAUGCCCUGUUGGGGAGUCCUCUACAUCUUUUAAGAAGCAUCUCAAAUGGCCCCUCUUCUGAUGGGUUCCUCAAGGGCAGAGUUGGGGAGCCCGUCAUCUGCCCUCCGUUGCUCCUUGCCCACUGCUUGCUCCCUCCUCCGUUGGAGCUCUUGUCCCCUGCAGUGCCCGCUGGGGGGAGGGGUCUUUGUCCGACUCGCUGGGGACCCUCUGAGCCAGCGCUAGUGUCUGGCACAUAGCAGGCAUUUGGUACAUGAUCCUUGGUUGCACAUACAGGGCACAGGAAGCACCUCAGCCACCUGGUGCGGAAGGUGUGGGCUAAGCGUUAUUACUGGGAACCUGAGACUGGAUACCUCUGGUGGAGCCAAAGCCCAGCGGCCUUGAGGGGCUAGUGUUAGGUGGUGGCAGUCCUCAAGGCCCGCGGCAGCCCCCUCUGCCCCCGGGAUGGCAGGCGCGUCCUUCUUGGCUGCAGAAUACCCUCUCCAUCCUCGCCCCCACCAGCGCCCACAGGCUCACACUUGGACCUUCUGAGUGACUCCACCUGCGGGGGCUCCAGGCCCGGGCUCCCUCCUGUCCCUUGAACAUGGUGCCUGGGUGCCUCUGCCGGGACUGCCCCCCCCCCCCCACCACGGUUCACCGCUCCUGUGACUUAGGUGCCAGCGUCUAUACCCCUAGUUAGAGGUGCCCUCGGGCUGGGGGUGCGUCCUCCUCUGCCUCGAGGCACCACGUAUGGUCCUGUAACGACAUCAGCCCCUGCCCUCCGUGGCUGCCUUCAGGCUCGGGACGUUAGCUCCCUGAAGGCAGAGAUUGGGUUUGUCUUGGUGAAGCCCCAGCGGCUAACACCCUCCCUGGGAGACCGUGCCCAGGAAGCGUGUGCCAGACAGAAGACUGACCAGGGCGGUGGGAAUGUAAAAGGAGGGACAACUCUAGAGACAUCUGGGAAAGAGGAGCUGGGACUUGGUGCUCAGUCCCAGGAGGAGAGUCUCCCAGAAGGCUGGCUCACCACCUGCCAGGCAGGUGUCAGGAGAGGGGGGCCCUGGCCCCAGGAGACGCCCACGUCCGUGCUUCUCCCUCUCUCAGGGCUGGAGAGAGAUCCUGGGGGCACGAGUGGUGGGGACAGUCCAACUCGUGAAACGUGACCUGCAAGCCAGGGGUGGGGGGAAGGAAAAGGAACGGGGAAAACAAGAGGACGAGGGAGGAGGCAUUUCAGGAAGACAUAGGAGCAAAGCUGUCAGUGCUACAAGAGAAAACGGGGAGAUUCAGAUAAGAAUAGGUGAGGAGGGGAGCUCAGGACGGGGCCCCAGAAGGAGGCCACGGGGCCAACCGAGCCCAGGCAGCGGGCGCCCCUUGUACUUCCUGUCUGAGGAAUUUGGCCAUCGGCAAAGAGUGGCCCCGUGAAGAGAUUGUGUCUGUUUCAUAAGAGAUCUGAUCCCUGUUUGGGAAACCGAAGCAAGCUAUUUCCGGGUACAGUCUGGCCACGUACCUGGCCGCCAGGUCACACUCACGUGUGCACAUUCAGAGACGGGACAAGGGGAAUUCAGCUCAUCAAGGAUGCCCCCACGGUGGCCCCAGGAUUCCCCUCUCCCAGCCCGGGGCUUUGGCCGUGGUCUUGGACGUUCCCGCCCACGGCAAGUUGGCCUCUGGCCCCGGCGCCCCACCCAGGAUGGAGCAGGGGUGUGGGGCUGCUGGCCCAGGGCGGUUUCCACCCUCAGGAACCUCCCUGGGGCCCGGUCCCCAGUCGCCAGCACGAGGCAGGAACGUGUGCUUGCAGCCCCGGCCGCCCCCGCUCCCAAGUCCCUGGUGCCGCGAGUGAACUCUUCCUCCUCCACCCCUGGGAGACGCAGGACUCCCCCCUCCCAGCCUGACUCCCUCCCUCACCUCCCACCCAGGGCGGCUCUGCCGGCUGCCGAGUGGGCUUGGUUUCAUCAGCCCAGGGGGGGUUUCUCUUUUUGCUCUCCUUAGCUCAGCCCAGAGUACAACCCUCCCCGGGAUGGUUCUCUGGUGCUUGUAAUCUCUCUUCUCAUUUCCAUCGUGUCCGUAGUUUAAUAAGGAUUUUCUUCACUGUGCCUCCGCCGCCCCCCACUGCUUCCAUUUACAUCACAAUCCAGGUUGUCAUAACUUCCUGGAGAGGCGAAGGCGGGCUCUUCGGGGGGGCUCGGGGCUCUGGCACCUGGCUGUUGCCCCUCUCUCCGGGCCAUCAGCUCGCAGGCUUGGCCGAGGUGCGGUCGGGGAGGCUGUCAGAGCCUCGAGGUUAAUUUUCUGAGAGUAUUGGUGCCGCCCGAAGCUGAAAUCAGGUAGAGAUAUUCAGUCCGUGGAGAGCUCCCUUUUCUGGAGGAUUUUAAGCGUGUGGUGCGUGUUGUUAGUCUUUAAUCAUCACCCAAGUGAAAUUAUUUUUUUUCCAGUCAGAUGUUUUAAAACGGUGCGAAAGAAUUUAUAAUAAACAGAAGAGAAACCAUGCUGUUGGGUUUUUGACACACUGGCUUCUUCAGAAUAUCAGUUCCUCUGGAUGCUGGUGUGGUGGGGUGGGGGGCGGGGGGCCCACCACCGGAAGAUAUUAAGGGCAAUCCGGCAAGAUUUUCCCUAACUUCCAGGAGUGCUGGAAAGGGAAGCUCCUGAGGCCACACCAUGCUGGGAAAUCCCCUGUCCCUCUCAGUGUUCCCCUUUGGUGGCUCCUAAAGGGAGUGCAUCCCUGGAGAGGUGCGCCUGGACUAACGAUGUCUGUGUCCUUAAGCAACAAGAACCAUCAGAGGGUGGCGCGUGAGGAACCGAUUACUCUGGAUCAGGCACCGGAGUGUCCCCCCUUGUGUGUGUGUAGACGGCCCCACUGGUGCUCAGAGAGGCUGGUCAUCCAUUCAACUGGGAACGAGGACUCGAAUUCAGCUGCAGACUUAGUCCUCAUUUUGAUCCCAUCCUCCCCCCCCCCACCCCCAAACAAAACGGUGUGCGGGGCAAAACAGAUGCAGAGCUCAGAGCGAGCAGAGCAUCGGGGAGGGGGGUGGAUGAUGCCAGCGGCGGCCCUGGCGAGCCCUCACCCCGGGCCCUGCGCUCACCCCGCGGCCGCGUCCCGACCCGCCCUCGGCCGCCCCCUGCCGGUCGGCGGCAGAAGCGCCUGCCCUGGAACCGGGAAGGCCCUCGCACCUGUUUCCUCAGCUGCGCAGCGAGGGAACCCACGUGUCGUGUCCAGCCCCGGCCUCGGGACCCUCAGCGGAUCCCCGUUGGCAACCAUCUGGUGCUUCACCCGCCAGGGUCGAGAAGAGUUGGGGUGAGCGUAUUAACGUGGCCCCUUCCCAGAAGUGACCGGGCAGCACCUACCCAACCUUCAUCCCAGGAGAACAGGCAGCCUGAGCAGUGAGUGUGGACAGAUGGCGGGUCUCGGGGCCUUGCCACUCAGCUGUGAGGGUCACCUGGAGGCUUGUGGAGAGCCAGAGUGUCAGGUCCCCGCCCGCCUGCUGACCAGAUUGCGUUUUCGCGGCACCCGCAGGUGGUCCCCGAUGCCUCCGAGGGGCUGGGCCGUGUGCAGUAUACUCCAUUCUGAGUUUUUGGAAAAGAUCAAAAUGACGACUAAGUCUGCAGCUGGAUUCAAGUCCUAGCGCCCAGCUGGAGGGGUGCGCGACCCUGAGCACUUCCUCCGCCUGUAGGACCCCUCAUCCUAAAUCUGAGACCUAACGAUUCCUAGCCAGUGUCCCCUGACUCGGGCCUCAUUUAGCCAGCGAGCUGCUCCGAAGGUCAAACUCUGAUGGCGAACUUGGCCAUCUGCCAUAGAGCAGACAGUGCUGGUCCUCAACCCUGGGCGGAAGCCUUCGUCACCGAAUGACCAUGGCAAAGUCACGUGAAAAGGGACUUAGGUCCGGGGAGACGCUCCCUCCCCACAGCGAUUUGAAGAAAAAUGCGCCGGAUCGUGAAAGUGUGGACUUUCCCUCUCCGGAGUCCCAACGAAGAAAGCUCCCCAUCUGACUGGCCCAGACACUGGGCCUCUGAACCAGAGGCUGGGCCUAGACUUCUCAAGACCCUGCGGCUCUGAUGGCCCUCGUGCCUUGAUUUGCAAAAUGGUCUCGAUCUUUUCUAGUUGAAAUUCUGCUCAGUAGGACACACGCCUAAAGCUUCAAAUUCUUCUGCAAGGAAAACUGCCAUAUGGCAUAGAAAAACAUGUGCAUCACAGUUUCUGUUUCUCCCCCUUAAUUAGCUUUCCUCCUUUAAGAAAACAAAAGCCCUUUAUCUUGACUCACCAGAUCAACACUGACCACCUUCGUCAUUGUGAUGAAUCUCCUAGAGUCUCAGGAACGGGAGCCCUGGACCAGCCGGGGAGUGGGGGUCUGUGCCCCCAGAAUAAGGACGUGUUAGGAGCUCCCCGUGUUAGAACUAGGAGAACAGACGUUGGACUGCAAAGCUUAAAGUAUUUGCGGUCAGGCCCUUCGCGCUCUGAGCCGCGUCCCGGGAUACGGAGCGGGCCGGGCUGUCUGUGAAGCCGCGGGUUGGAAGGAGCGGAUUUUGGAAGCCUCGGGUUUCCAUAGAAACCAGCCCCCACACGGAGCAAAACACCAGCAGAGCCACGGACUAAGGCUUACGGCAGUGAGAGCCCGUUGAAUGGGCCGCGGGCACCAGACGCGGGGGCUCCGAGGGCCGAUCCCCCCGCGUUUCCUCAGACCCCACAGCCCCGCACUGGGAACACCAGCCAGACGCAGCUGUGCCGCCGAGCAUCCACACAGCCCUGCGGGCCGGCUGGCAGGGGCGCCCGGUUCGUCCGCAUUAGACCCAUCCUGUGAUGCUUUGUGGACAGUGGCAUAAAGUACCCCUGCUUGUGUGCUGAGGCAGCCCGGCUGUGGACGGAGGACUGAGGAGCCGGCUGGCUGGGAACGGGCCCAGGGGACGUGCAGACAUGUCUCCACCUGCAGCUUUCUCCCACUGCCUGCGCAGACCUUGAGUAAGCGACUGCGUGAACUAAUGAACCGUUACUGCAAAGACCAUGUUUCUGAAGGACUUGGAAUAGUGCUUACCUUGCAGGCCCACCCCCCCACAGCCGCACCCACAAAGGGUCUCGGCAGCAGGCAGGUCGUGCGGGAGCCCCCAUGUCCCAGGGGCCCGCGCGCCAUGCCUGGAGCUCGGUCGGCUGUGUCUUCAUUUUCCCGUCUUCUCCGCGGGAUCAUGGGAGACCCCCUUGACCUUGUCUUCGGAGUAGUGCUCGUGGCCAGUCCUGUGCUGGCGAUUUCUUCCUGCUCCUCGGACGGUCGGCUAGCCUUGUACCGAUUCUGCAACCUCACCCAGGUGCCCUGGGUGCCUGGCACCACGGAGAUCCUCCUGCUAAGCUUCAACUACAUCGAGACUGUCACUGCCUCCUCAUUUCCCUUCCUGGAGCAGCUGGGGCUGCUGGAGCUCGGGACUCAGUAUACCCCCUUGCGUAUUGACAGAGAGGCCUUCCGAAACCUGCCCAAUCUUAGAGUCUUGGACCUGGGCGGGAGCCACAUGCAUUUCCUGCAUCUCGACGCUUUCCAGGGGCUGCCCCACCUGCUUGAACUUCGACUCUUCUUCUGUGCUCUCUCCGAUGCCGUAUUAAGAGACGGUUAUUUCCGAAAUCUGGAGUCUUUGACUCGCCUGGACCUGUCCAAAAAUCAGAUUCGUAGCCUUCACCUUCAUCCUUCAUUCCGGGAGUUGAAUUCCUUGAAGUCUAUCGAUUUUUCCCUCAACCAGAUACCCAUCGUAUGUGAACAGGAGCUCAAGCCCCUCCAAGGGAAGACGCUCGCCUUCUUAAGCCUCGCCACCAAUGGCUUGUACAACAGGGUCCCCAUGGACUGGGCCAAGUGUAUGAACCCGUUCAGAGACAUGGUGCUGGAAACCCUGGAUGUUUCUCACAACGGCUGGACCGUGGACAUCACGGGGAACUUCAGCAGGGCCAUCAAUGGGAGCCAGACCUCCUCUCUGGUUCUCGCCUACCACAUCAUGGGGGCUGGGUUUGGCUUCCGCAACAUCCGGGACCCUGACCGGAGCACAUUUGCCGGCCUGGCCAGGAGCUCAGUGGCACGUCUGGAUCUUUCACACGGCUUUAUCUUCUCUCUGAACUUUCGGCUCUUUGAGUCUCUCAGGCACUUGAAGGUCCUGAACCUCGCCCACAACAAGAUAAACAAGAUUGCAGGGGAAGCGUUUUAUGGACUCGACAGCCUGCAGGUUCUCAACAUGUCACAUAACCUUCUGGGCGAGCUUUAUAAUUCUGAUUUCGGUGGACUGCCUGAGGUAGCCUAUAUUGACCUUCAAAACAACCACAUUGGGAUCAUUCAGGACCAGACGUUCAAAUCCCUGAAGACAUUACAGACCUUGGAUCUCCGCGAUAAUGCCCUUAAAACCAUUUCUUUCAUCCCGAGCAUCCCUACUAUCUUCUUGGGCAGCAAUAAACUGGUGACCUUGCCGAACGUAAGGCUUACCGCCAACUUCAUCCACUUGUCAGAGAACAGGCUAGAAGACCUGGACAGUCUCUACUUCCUUCUCCGGGUCCCUCACCUCCAGAUCCUCAUUCUGAAUCAAAACCGCCUUUCUUCUUGCAACCCAGCUCAUGCCCCAGCGGGGAGCCUCAGCCUGGAGAAGCUUUUCCUUGGAGGAAAUAUGUUGCAGCUGGCCUGGGAAACCGGCUUCUGCUGGGAUGUUUUUAAGGGGCUCUCCCAGCUCCAGGUCCUGUAUCUAAAUAACAACUACCUGAAUUUCCUUCCGCCAGGAGUAUUUAGCGACCUGACCGCACUGAGGGGUCUCAGCCUCAGCUCCAACAGGCUGACCGUUCUUUCUCCCGGCGACUUGCCUGCAAAUUUGGAAGUCCUGGACGUGUCCAGAAACCAGCUCCUGUCCCCUGACCCCGAUCUGUUUGCGGACCUCAGUGCCGUGGACAUAACGUACAACAAGUUCAUCUGUGAGUGUGAACUCCGUCCCUUCAUCAGCUGGCUCAACCAGACCAACGUCACUGUGCUUGGGUCUCAUGCAGACGUCCUCUGCAUGUACCCCGCCUCGCUUGCUGGGACCUCCCUCUCCUCUGUGUCCAUGGAGGGUUGUGACGAAGAGGAAGUCUUAAAGUCCCUGAAGUUGUCCCUUUUCGUUUUAUCCAGUGUUACCGUGACUCUGUUCCUCACGGCCGUCCUCACGGUCGCCAAGUUCCGGGGGCUUUGUUUCCUCUGCUACAAGGCAGCCUGCAGACUGCUGUCCACGGACCACGCCAAGGGCAGCGGGUCAGACGUGUACAAAUACGACGCGUAUCUGUGCUUCAGCAACAAGGACUUUGAGUGGGUGCAAAACGCUUUGCUCAAGCACCUAGAUGCUCAGUACAGCGACCAAAACAGAUUCAACCUGUGCUUCGAGGAGAGAGACUUUGUCCCGGGGCAAGACCACAUCGCCAACAUCCAGGACGCCGUGUGGGGCAGCAGGAAGGUGGUCUGUCUCGUGAGCAGGCACUUCCUCCGAGACGGCUGGUGCCUCGAAGCCUUCAGUUACGCCCAGAGCCGCUGUGUGUCUGACCUCGACGGUGCCCUCAUCCUGGUGGUCGUGGGCUCCCUGUCCCAGUACCAGCUGAUGAAGCAUCAGUCUCUCAGGGGAUUCGUGCGGAAGCGGCAGUAUUUGAGGUGGCCCGAAGACGUCCAGGAUGUCGACUGGUUUCUUAAUAAACUCUCUCAGCACCUUCUAAAGAAAGAAAAGGGAACGAAGAGAGACGGCGACAUUCAGCUGCAGACCGUGGCGAGCGUCUCCUCAUCCGCUAAUCCCAAGCCACAGACAGCUCUGCAUCUGCGCUAAGCUACCGUUUGGGGUCCUUUCUCGUAGCUUGUCUUUCCUACUAGGAACACGACAGGCUGUUGGUUUUCGUGCCAACACGAUGCCCGGUCUCCCUGACCCCACCAUGGAGGGGAGUACUGUUUUCUCCCGUUGUGCCGACCACAGGGCGUGCCCCGGUCGCGGGACGGGCACCGGGAGACCCUUCCCCAGCACUCAGGCCGUCCCUGCAGAACAACACUAGAUGAGCACACGGACGAAGAGGCGGGUUUCCUCCGCCUCGUGGGAACAGUGCCGUUGCUGGGUACGGGUCACGCCUCAUCUCCGGGUAGGGGUGACCCCGAGGAGGCCGGGACGAGAAUCGCUAGAUGUCUUGGGGCCAUACCACACUUCCUGUUCUGACCCUCGAGGUCUCACCUCUGUGGGCCGUGAACGUUCUUUCUCAGCCUUAUUUCCUCCAACUCAUCAGCCGUUCGGCGGCUGCAGGGAGAGCAAGGCCCACAUCCUGGUCUGAGUCCUGAUUCUGCUCCCGUGGGCUGUGUGACCCAGAGUGCCUGAUGUGCCCUCUCUGGGCCUGGUCUCUCGUCCGUGGGCAUGCUCGUAUCUACCAAGGAUGUCAGGCUUCUCAAACCUUUCCUUGGUCGCCCUGUCGGCCACAGGGACGCACACUCGGGGGCACCUUUGCUGGCAGUCGAAACUUCCUUGAGAUUGUAUUUUUUUACCUCAAAAGAAAUCUAUAUACAUUUUGCAUUCUGUCUUUUUCCAUGUUGAUUUUUAUUUUUUUUUAUUAAAAAAAAAUUUUUUUUAUGUUUUUAUUUAUUUUUGUGACAGAAAGAGACAGAGCAUGAGCACGGGAGGGGCAGAGAGAGAGGGAGACACAGAAUCAGAAGCAGGCUCCAGGCUCUGAGCUGUCAGCACAGAGCCUGAUGCGGAGCUCGAACCCACAGACUGUGAGAUCAUGACCUGAGCCGAAGUCGGACGCUUAACCGACUGAGCCACCCAGGCGCCCCAUCCAUGUUGAUUUUAAUACAGGAACGUUUUUCUGCGAAGGUGUAAAGAAAACCAGGGAAGGUGUGCCAAAGUCACCCCGGGGUUUCGCACACCUCCUCCCCCAAAUCCAGGGGCCCCUAGGCCUGGGCUCGGCGCUCACCCUCCUGUCUCUGUGCCCCUGCCCUGACUCCUCCAGAACACACAUCCCACGGUCCACCUCUUCCUUCUGGAAUGUUCUCCCAGCCCCCUGGUGGGCCUCCCUUUUGUGCAGACUCUUGGCACCUCACCUGUUCUUCUAAGACCAGCACUUUCUACUUUCUCCGAGAGCUGGGAGCCUGUCGGCUGCUCCCCACUCUGACUGCAGGCUCCAGGGGGGACCUUUCUCCUGUGUCCCACCCCACCCUGGCCGGCACAGAGCACAUACGGUGUCAGGAAGGAAUUCCUUCUCUCCGUCCUCAUCCCAAUCUGCCUGGUGAAUCUCCUAGCACAACUGCCCGUUCCUUGUAACCCGACACAUUUGUGUCACUGAUACGUAGCACUGUGCUGUGCCUGGACUGUGGGCCCCGAGGGCAGGGACCUUGUGUCAUUCAUCAUGGUCUCCUAAGCCCCUGCGGUGCCUGGCCCAUAGUACGUGCCGAAUGAAGGCCCGGUGGGCCGGCAUCCCUGGUGUCCAUGUUGGCUCCUGGGGGAGGGGAGGUCUGCCAGAGCAGGUGCU